GGCAUAAUAACUUAUCAUCAUUGAAAAAUAAACACACUUCGGCUCUCUGCUUCUUCUCCCUCCUAUCUGGUUUUCACUUCAUCUUCAAGAAGGUUCCUUAUGUCUACUGAUACAGCAAGGGAAAAUGCUUCUGUUGUUGACUCAUCUUUGACAGAAUGGAAGAAUGAUACAGGAACUGUGGAUGAUCCAGAGACUCCAAGCUGUCGACGAAAUGAAGAUCCCCCCUCUGCAAUGCAACAAAUACUAGGCUAUGAUCAGAUGGAAAACUCAAAAGAAAUUGUAAAUGGUAAUUUGUGUGGAACGAGAUACUUCGUUAUCAAGAGCUUGAGCCAUGAAAAUAUUCAGUUAUCAGUAGAGAACGGUAUUUGGGCCACUCAAGUUAUGAAUGAACCCAUUCUAGAAGAUGCCUUUCAUAAUUCUAGGAGAGUGAUAUUAAUAUUCAGUGUCAACAUGAGUGGCUUCUUCCAAGGAUAUGCUGAAAUGAUGUCAUCUGUUGGGUGGAGAAGAGAUACUGUAUGGACUCAAGGAACUGGAAGCAAGCAUCCUUGGGGACGUAGUUUUAGGAUCCGAUGGCUGAGAUUACAUGAUUUACCUUUUCAGAAGACACUUCAUCUUAGAAAUCCACUAAAUGGCUAUAAGCCUGUAAAAAUUAGUAGAGAUUGCCAGGAGUUACCUCAACAUAUAGGAGAAGCUCUUUGUGAUCUUUUUGGUGAGAAGGAUGAUUUGGAUGCUAACUUCAAAAUGGAUGAAUUUCUUUCCGAAAGGCCAUGUCUAGAAUCUCGAAGUUCUAUGCAAAAUGAAGCAUUUGGCAUCCCUCCAUUGCAGAUGGGAUGGGCUAAUAAUUCUCCCAUGAUUUAUUCUUCCUUGUUUCAUCCACAUUAUCAAGCUGAAGCAAAUAGAUACCCUGGCUCAGCUAAGUUUGCUCAUCAUAAACAGUCACGAGUUAAUUUGGGCAAUAACAAUUGUCAACAACUAGAUCAGAUUAGUUCAUCUCAUCAUGAAUGUCGAGGUUUGUCCGCAGAAAGAAGCUCCCUCAUGAGUACACUGACAGAUGAUAACAUCCUUGAAAUGUCAUAUGAGGAAUAUCUGGAAGCCCAUAGCCGGAGCAGCAAACGCUUGUACCAACCUGUUGUUGGCGUAUCUCGCGAAAAAAGGGAAUCAACUAGUAAAGAUGAUAAUGGCGGCUCUGAUUCAUCGCAAACGGAUCAAAGUGAGAAGAAGAAGAUGAAGAAAAGGAAGAACCACCAUCAUCAUCAAUCAUCUGUAUGAUUUUGCAGAACUAUCUUAUAUACCAAUAUGUACAUUGACUUGUUGGAAUUUUACCAUUCUCUUGGAGGGAAGAGAAUAAAAAUAUGAAUCCCUCCCCUAAACACACAAUAUGGUACAAAAAUGUGCCCUCUUUGUUAUUUUCUUCGUAACAACUUAACUUUUUUCGACAUCUUAUUGUACAUAGGUUCGAUCAGAACUUAUAACAAUCGGAUUUCUUUGUUGUUUGAACUUUUUUUUUCCUAGAUACCAUUAUAGCCAUUUCUUUCAUUCUU